AGACUUAAAAAGACCAAGACUUUCUUCACACUGUUACUAUUCUUCUCUCUCUCUUUUUCUUUUUUUUUUUUUAAAUAUUUUUCUAUUUUUUUAUUUUAAUUUUCUCUGUUAUUAUUGGUGCUGUUGCUAUUAAUUUCUGGUGCUAAAUUGAGAGAACUCUCAGAGAGAGAGAGAGAGAGAGAGAGAGAGGAAUCAGAUUAGUUCCUUUGAAUUUCUAUCAGAAUCUGAGGACCCAAAAUCUAGGGUUUUCUGUUCUUCACCGGGUAAGGAUCUAAAGAUGCAGUCCAAGUCUGAAACUGCAAACCGACUGAGGUCAGAUCCUCAUUCUGUUCAACCCAGCAGCGUUUAUUCUGAGCCUUGGUGGCGCGGUAUUGGUUACAAUCCCAUUGCCCAAACAAUGGCUGGGACAAAUCCAUCAAAUUCGUCUCUUGAAUGCCCUAAUGGUGAUUCUGAAUCCAAUGAAGAAGGCCAGUCUUUGUCCAAUAGUGGGAUGAAUGAGGAAGAUGAUGAUGCCACUAAAGAUUCCCAGCCUGCUGCUCUGAAUCAAUCAGGGAAUUAUGGGCAAGAACAGCAAAUGCAGCAUACUGCAUCAUCUGCGCCGCCCAUGCAUGAUGAAUGCCUUACUCAGACGCCACAGCUGGAACUUGUUGGUCAUUCAAUUGCAUGUGCUACAAAUCCUUAUCAGGAUCCGUAUUAUGGGGGCAUGAUGGCAGCUUAUGGUCACCAGCAGUUGGGAUAUGCUCCUUUUAUAGGAAUGCCUCAUGCCAGAAUGCCUUUGCCGCUUGAGAUGGCUCAAGAGCCUGUGUAUGUGAAUGCCAAACAGUACCAAGGAAUUCUGAGGCGAAGACAGGCCCGUGCUAAAGCAGAGCUUGAAAAGAAGCUAAUAAAAUCUAGAAAGCCAUAUCUUCAUGAAUCUCGGCAUCAGCAUGCUAUGAGGAGGGCAAGGGGUAGCGGUGGACGUUUUGCAAAGAAAUCUGAUGCUGAAGCCUCGAACAACUCAGGCAAGGAAAGGGAUAAUGGUUCUGGUCCUGUCCUAUCAUCACAGUCAAUUAGUUCAUCUGGUUCUGAACCUUUACAUUCUGACUCCACCGAAACCUGGAAUUCUCCUCACGUGCAACAAGAUGCAAGAACAUCAAAAGCUCACGACAGGUUUGAAGCACCCAACUAUGAAAAUGGCAGUGGCUCCUACCAUAAUCAUAAUGGUUUGCAAUCUUCAACGUAUCAUUCUUCCUCAGGUGAAAGAUUGGAGGAGGGGGACUGUUCAGGUCAGCAACGGGGAAGCCUCGCUUCAAGCCAUGCGUCACAGAGGCGCCUUGCUAUUCAGUAGACCCCUGCAUUGGUGUGAGAGGCCGAGGUUGGUUUGUAUCCUAGUGACAUAUUUGGUGAAUACCUUGGUUAUCUGUAAACCAUUCUUGGCAAUAUAUGUGCCAAGCGGCAAAUCAUUCUUGGCUUUGUUCUUGUGUUUGUGGUGUGAAUGAUGGAUUUUAUGGGGGGAAAAGAAUGAUUGAUGAUUGUGGUAUAUGUGAUUUCUCUUGAAGUCAAUCAAUCGUUCAUUCUUUUCUCAUUUUUGCAUUUUGUACAGAGUUUUAGCGGUUAGUCAACUCCAACCAAUCAGAAGACUAUGGAGAAUCAAACUCUUGAUGUACCAACACUCGCUUGACUGGUUUAUCUUGUGUAAUUCAACCGGUUGUUAAUGUUAACAUUAGACAUCAUAGGAGAAAGAACGUGCAUUUAGCCACGUAAUUUGUUGGCCUUCAUGAUUUCAAUUGUUAGCAUUUCCUAGAUUCUGGUCUU